AUGGCUGGCAACAUCCUCAUCAUUGUCCUAGUGAUUUCUGAACCACAGCUUCACACUCCCAUGUACUUCUUCUUAGGCAACCUCUCCUGCUUGGAUAGCUGCACAGUUUGCACCAUCCUGCCAAAGAUGCUCGCUUACUUCCUGACUGGGGAUGGAACUAUACCACUGUGGGGCUGUAUUGCUCAGUUUUAUUCUUUUGCUUCCCUAACUGCUACACAGUGUUACCUCUUAGCGAUGAUGUCUUAUGAUCGAUAUUUAGCCAUUUGCAAACCUCUGCACUAUGCCUGUCUUAUGAACACUAAGCGAUGCAUUCAUCUGGCAGCUGGCUCUUGGAUCAAUGGAUUCAUAGGGAUGUCGGUCUUUGUAAUGUUGAUAUCACGGUUAGUAUUCUGUGGCCCCAAGGAUAUUGACCAUUUCUUCUGUGAAAUAACCCAAAUAGUGAAACUUUCUUGCAGUGAAACUAAAACCAUAGAGCUUGUGCUCACUGUAUUUUCCUCAAUCUUCACCCUUCCACCAUUUAUAUUAACUGUGACAUCCUACAUAUUCAUCCUCAAGAACAUCAUGCGAAUCCCAUCCACCACUGGGAAGAAAAAGGCUUUCUCCACUUGUUCUUCUCAUCUCAUUGUAGUUUCAAUUUUCUACGGGACCUUGAUGCUUGUUUACGUGGUUCCAAGGACUGAGAAGUUGAGAGCAUUGAACAAAGUCUUUGCUGUCUUUUACACUGUUUUGACUCCACUGCUCAAUCCUAUGAUAUACAGCCUGAGAAACAGAGAGAUGAAGGAGGCCCUGAGAAAGUUUCUGAAGAAAUGCAUCUAG